CCAUGAUCAAAUUCCCCCUGACCACUGAGUCAGCCAUGAACAAGAUAGAAGACAACAACACGCUUGUGUUCAUUGUGGACGUCAAGGCCAACAAGCACCAGAACAAACAGGCUGUGAAGAAGCUCUAUGACAUUGAUGUUGCCAAAGUCAACACCCUUAUGAGGCCUGACAGAGAGAAGAAGGCAUAUGUUCGCUUGGCUCCUGAUUAUGAUGCUCUGGAUGUUGCCAACAAAAUUGGGAUCAUCUAAACUGAGUCCAGCUGGCUAAUUCCAAAUAUAUACUUUUUCACCAUAAAAAAAA